AUGACUAAAGCCAACUCUGAAAAACAAGAUUUUAAAAGAUAUCUUCAAGAAAUCGAAAACCCCCGCUAUGAUGGUCCGGAUAUCUCCCAAGCCCUGCCGGCUAAUGCUUCACCCAUUGACAAAGCUAAAUAUCAAAUUUGCGAGAAAAUUUUAGCUUAUCAGCAAGAUAGUAAUUUGCCUAUUGAAGAAGUAGCUCGAAAAAUCCAAUUAACUACUGCCGAAACUAAAGAUAUUUUUCAUUAUCACUUAAGUCUUUUUACUCUAGAAAGGCUAAUUACUUACGCUAACCGCUUAUUAUCUCCUCGCGAAGUGGAAAUUACCAAAGAAUUAAUUCUCAAUAUUUUUCGAGCCGAAGUAAAUGCUAAAAGAUUUUUCCCUACCGACUACCAAGGAAUAAGAAAAGUUUUUGUGCGGGAAGGAGUUCCGUUUGGAGAUGAAAAGUAUAAGUUGGUAUUUUGGUUUAAGGAUGGAACAAAUGACCAUUUGUGA